AUGUUGGAAAACACGACGAUUGCUUUCUCAAAAUGGUUGACUCUUUCAAAAGUCAUUACAUCUGCAGGCUUCUUCUCUACAACAAUUUCAGUGGCAACUUUUCUGAUUCUCACUGUAUUUUUCGUUAAAACAAGUUAUGACAACUACAAAAGAUACAUGAUUGUUUUCUCGGUUCUUGGUUUCGCUUUAGCUGCGAUUGAAGCAGCAGUGAAUCCCAUUUUUCAUUCCUAUAAUUAUGGGUUCGUCAUGUUCAGUUUUUCACAUCCAUUCGGUGCACCUAGUGAUGUCUCCUUUACCUUGUUACUGGUCUACACUGGGUUUUACGCAGCAACCAUCUCCUUUUUAACUGCUCAAUUCUUUUAUCGUUACCUCGCCAUUGUACAUCCCCAAUUGGUCCCUGUUUUUUUUGGUGGAUGGAAGCUUAUACUCUGGAUUCUGUAUGCCUGUUAUUUCGGUCUUCAAUGGGCUCUUGGUGUCACCUUUUUCGCUCGUUUGGAUGAAGUGUCAACUGAUUAUAUGGAAGAUGAAAUAUUACAGUACUACGGUAAACGAGUUGAAGAGAUUGCAAUGUGUGCUGUAGUUGCAUUCGACAAAAAUCACGAAUUGAGAUGGUUCAAUUUGAUGUGCGUACUCAAUAUGACUUUGAUAAUGAUGGUUCAAUACGGAUUGAUCAUAACAUUUGGAUGGAGAAUGAGUCUCAAAAUAAGAGAGGCUGUGUCAAUGCUUUCCACAUCCAUGAUACGACUUCACACUCAAUUCUUCAAAGUUUUGGUGCUCCAGAUUCUCGUCCCAACCAUAACUCUUUUCAUGCCGGUGUUCAUUUUAAUGUACACACCCAUGUUUGAUUUCCAAAUACGAUUUCCGUCCGGAGUGAUGCUCAGCGCAUUCUCCUUUUUCCCAGCAAUGGAUGCCAUCAUUGUCAUGUACAUUCUAACUGACUAUCGGAAUGCUAUCAAAAACAUGUUCGAGGGAUUCUCAGCGACAGUUCAUGGGGCAAUGCGUGUUUCAAAUGUAGCGGACGGUAGUCAGAUGUCUCGUUGGACGACACGAAGUUAA